AUGGGGUCUGUUUCCGGCUGUUUUGGGGUCGAUCCCGGAUAUUCCGGGGUUGUUCUCGGUGAUCUCGGAUGGUUCAGUCCGAGUAGUUUCGGUUUUGGUGUUGCACAUCGCCGAAAUACUCGGUCGACCGGUGACUUUCAGUCCUCUGUAACUCUUGAUCUCGACUCUAGAAUCAAGGUACACGAGCUAAGGAACAAAUCGAAGACUGAACUAUUGAGUCAGCUCAAGGAUUUAAAAGCUGAACUUUCUCUCCUUCGUGUAGCGAAAGUUACUGGUGGUGCCCCCAACAAGCUCUCCAAGAUUAAGGUGGUGAGGCUAUCGAUUGCACAAGUAUUGACUGUGAUUUCCCAGAAACAGAAGGCUGCAUUGAGAGAAGCCUAUAAAAAGAAGAAGUUUUUGCCUCUUGAUCUUCGUCCCAAGAAGACCAGAGCUAUUCGCCGCCGCCUUACCAAGCACCAGCAAUCUUUGAAGACGGAGCGGGAGAAGAAGAGGGAGAUGUACUUUCCAAUGAGGAAGUAUGCCAUUAAGGUGUGAACUUGAGAUUUCAUUUAACCUGAGAAGGGAUGCCUUUGUUUUAGAUUUGAAGUGCCUCCUAGUUGAGGAUGUUGCUUAAAUUUGU